CAAUAUGAAGAAACAGGAGAAAGAUAAAGACCAGAGCCCAGAAGGAGCUUGGGCAGCAGCAGGCUUUGCUGUUGUUCUUGUUGUUGUUGGUCUACCAGUUUGGUGGUACACAACUACAGUUUAUCGUGCUCAUCUGCCAUAUUCAACUAUUGAGGAAUUGUCAGGUCAACUCAGAUACCAUGCUGUGGGGCUGACUCUGAUUGGCGUGCCUUCACCUUCUUUCUCAGCCAACCUGGAGAAACAUGUGCGCCACUUCCGAUCAGUGAAAUUCCACAUGUCCCUGAGAAGAACCAGGAAAGAUGAGAUGGAAGUCAUGCGUGCUGCUACUUCCUUGGAAGAGUUGGACACAAAGUUGUCAAGAAUAACCCGGGCUGCACCAGGCACUUUAGCUGUGUUUGUGAUUCCAGAUGAUAGAUUCUUUGAGGAUGCUGGUGUUAGUAUUGUUGUAGGCAGACAUCGCUUGGUACUUGUGAAGAUAGACAUAGACAUGUUUUUGUUGGCCAAAGUGCUGAAGAGUAUGACUAUGGAUCCCCUGGCUAAUAUAAGGGUUGAAGAGGCCAAGAUACUUCAAGAGUUGCGAGGUUUACACAAACGGGAAGCAAUGAGACAGGUCCCAACUGAACCAGGGUAUGAUGUGACUCUGACAUUGAUGGUUCCAGAGCCACAUAUCACAAGACCAGUGUGGAAUGCUAAGAAAGCUGUAGAUGACUAUUUGAAACCAGUUGCUGACCAGAUAGAGAGUGUGGCUAAACUGAGUAUCAAAUCUCAGGUGUUGUACAUGACAGGACUAAAUGUGUCACCACAGUGGUCAGAAUCAUACAUGCAUUAUGCCUUACCACAAGAUCAGCUGCCUCUCACCAUAAAUGCUAUUGAAGCUAAACUCGGCUCUUUUGUAUGGACACGACCAUCUUUACAUUUCAUAAUAUACAUUCCACGUGAGAAAGAAACACCGCUACAUAUUCAUACAGCAGAUGACCUGCCUCUUGAGACAAACAGUUUUCUUGUUCCAAGAUGGGGUGGUGUGAUGAUUCACAAUGUUCAAGAUCCAAAAAUUAAUAGUACUUAUCCACGGGAAGUCUCCUUGGAUUCUCACUGGAUCAUGAAGACAGUGCUCACUCAUCUGCAUAGGUUAUUGCCUGUACCAAAUGUGAAGGAGGCCCGAUUCCAACGCGCCUCCAACGAAGGCACAAAAAUCUCGCAUUCCUCAGCUUUCAUUGGGACGCCUCAGGGCAUGUACUGCCACAUUUCACAAUUUAGACCGUGA